AUGAUUGCACCACAUCAUCGUUACCUCAAGUCCGAAUGCUUCCCACGAGGAGCGAAUUCUGAUUUCCCUCCUUGCUUCGUCGAAACUAGAACGGUCGAUGAAGAAGAGGCAGCUGAUCCGGUCAUGACUCUAGAGAGAGUAGCAGUAGAAGCAACAUGCCAACGAUUAGAUGGACGCAGUCUGGCACUUGAGGAGGAGGAAUAG